UACUUUCUUCAUGCAGAGAAAACACUGACAAAAUGAGCUGGAUCCUAGCAUUACAUGGCUUUCAAGUUGAGAGCAUUAGAGAGAAAAACUCCAAGGAAUUCCUUUAUCUUAUCAAAUUUCCUCUUCCUUUUUCUUCCAUGGAUUUUGACCCUCCUUUUCAACAAACCUACAAGACCCUCUUACCAGAAUUAGGAAAAGGAGACAAAGCUUUUGCCGUUGAGGAAUAUGAGUUACCUUCGAUCAAUCUCAGCCAUCUUCUCAGUCCUAACCAAAAUGAGAGAGAGAAGUGCAUCGACGAAAUCGUUCGUGCCGCAAGCACUUGGGGAUUCUUUCAAGUUGUGAAUCAUGGGAUUUCAGAUGAAGUUCUCAAGAACAUGAACUAUGAGGAGAAGAAGGUGUUUCAUCAGCCUUUUGAGAAGAAGGUUCAAAAGAACUUCCUUGGUUUGUCACCCGAUAGUUACCGUUGGGGUAACCCGAAGGCUACUUCUCUCAAGCAGCUUUCAUGGUCAGAAGCCUUCCACAUAUGCAUGGAAGAUCUUUCAGGAAUGAAUGAGUCCAAAACUCUCAGGUUUACCAUGGAAAAAUUUGCGAAAACAGCACGCGGUUUAGCUAAAACCUUGGCUGAAAUUCUAGCUGACAACUUGGGAAUGAUCAAAACCGGUACCUAUUUUCAGGAGAAUUGUCCUCCGAACUCGAGUUAUAUCCGAAUGAACAGAUACCCUCCAUGUCCAUACUCUUCCUCCAAGCUUGUCUGUGGCCUCAUCCCUCACACCGAUAGCGAUUUCCUCUCGGUUGUGUUUCAAGACCACGUCGGAGGCCUGCAAUUGCUCAAAGAUGGAAAAUGGAUCGCUGUAAAACCUAAUCCAAAUGCUCUUGUUAUCAACAUUGGUGACCUAUUUCAGGCUUUGAGCAAUGGGGUUUACAAAAGCAUUAGGCACCGAGUGAUAGCCACUGAAGUUGAGAGGUUUUCAGUUGCAUAUUUCUACUGCCCCAGCAACGAUGCCAUUAUAGAGAGUUGCGGUGAAGAACCAGCAGUUUAUAAGCAGUUCACUUUCGGAGAAUACAAAAUUCAGAAUGAGAAAGAUGUUGAAGACAUCGGUGACAAAAUAGGUCUCCAGAGGUUUCUCAGAUCAUACAUAUGAUGAAUAAUAUAAAUGAACAUCAAAAUGUUGUUUUGUGGAACUUUUUGUGAGGGAUUUGGAAAAAGACAUUAUAAUAUAUGAAUAAACUUUUAAAAAAUAUAACAGAAAUAAAAAG